GAACAGAGGUUAUUCGUUUUAGCUACCCGUUUUGAAGAGAAGCCGAUUUUGGAGGAGACGAUGAUGAGUCCGGCGUCGGAGCGCAGCCUCAUCAUCCAGAGCGACGACGACGACGACGCCCGAUCCGGCCACGACGUGGAGGAGCCGGAGCAGGACUCCGACUCCUCCUCGUCGUCCUCAUCCUGCGCCACCCCACGCCGCGGCCCAAGCUCACCCCCCUACAUCCAGCAAUGGCCGCAGAGUUACAGGCAAUCGAUCGACAUUCUCAGCAGCGUGCAGUCACCCAACCUGAGCUUUCUGGGGACUCCAACUCUGAGCAGGCUGUCGAACUCUUUCCUCGCCAUCACCGAUUCUUUCCGGAGCAAGGCCCCCGAAACGAUCUCUAGCUUUAUCAAGCCACUCCUUGGCCCCACGCCAAGUGACGAGCAGCAGCGGCAGCAUGAAGGCACCCGAAAGAGUUCCGAGUACCUUGUGCCCUCGAGAAGAUCAUCUCUGCAGCAGAUCCCAGAGGAUCAAAAGCCACCUGUAGGUGGCCAUGGGGCGUCUCAUGACCAGAACUGCUCUUACACCCAGGGAGUGAUGAAUGGAAUAAAUGUUCUAUGUGGUGUGGGGAUCCUAUCAACACCUUAUGCCAUCAAACAGGGGGGCUGGAUUGGGCUGGCGAUACUCUGUACAUUUGCUCUUCUCGCAUGGUACACAGGUGUGCUCCUGCGCCAUUGCCUGGACAGCAAGGAGGGCCUCAAGACAUACCCAGAUAUUGGCCAUGCAGCCUUUGGCAGCACAGGCCGCAUAGUUAUCUCGAUAAUACUGUACGUGGAGUUGUAUGCAUGUUGCAUCGAGUAUUUGAUAUUGGAGGGUGACAAUUUGUCAAAAUUAUUCCCCAAUGCUCACCUGACCAUUGGGAGCAUGACACUGAACUCACAUGUAUUUUUUGCAAUCUUGACUACCAUCAUAGUCAUGCCAACCACCUGGCUCCGUGACCUGAGCUGGCUGAGCUACAUUUCAGCUGGGGGUGUCAUUGCAUCAAUCCUUGUGGUCAUCUGCCUGUUCUUGGUUGGGGUUGUCAAUGAUUUCGGCUUUGAGAAUGAAGGGACUGCACUGAACGCCCCAGGAAUUCCUAUUGCAAUUGGAUUAUAUGGUUACUGCUACUCAGGGCAUGGGGUUUUUCCAAAUAUCUAUUCCUCCCUGAAGAAUCGCAACCAGUUUCCUUCAAUUCUUUUUACUUGUAUUGGGCUGUCUACCUUUUUGUAUGCUGGUGCUGCAGUGAUGGGAUACAAAAUGUUUGGUGAAGCCACAGAGUCCCAAUUCACACUCAACUUACCAGAUAAUUCUGUCAUUUCUAAGAUUGCUGUUUGGACAACGGUGGCAAAUCCAAUAACCAAAUAUGCAUUAACUAUUAUUCCAUUGGCUAUGAGUUUGGAAGAGCUGCUGCCACCAAACCAACAAAAGUAUUCUACAAUAAUCAUGCUUAGAUCAUCUCUGGUGAUAUCAACCCUCCUGAUUGCUCUAUCUGUGCCUUUCUUUGGACUUGUGAUGGCCUUGGUUGGUUCUUUGUUUGCCAUGCUUGUGACCUACAUUUUGCCUUGCGCUUGUUUUUUGGCGAUCCUCAAGACAAAAGUGGGGUGGCAUCAGAUAGCAGCUUGCUCGUUCAUCAUAGUUGUCGGGGUUUGCUGUGCCUACGUGGGAACAUACUCGUCCCUGUCGAAGAUAAUCCAGAACUACGCAUAGCACAGCUGUUCCUGUGAUCCUGUAUAUGCAUCUGCCCGACAAAAUCAUGUGUGUGCUAUAUGGGCCGAACAUAUGUACAAGAUGAAAGUUUACCAUUCAAUUCACUCGAUGUAUAAUAAAUUAUUGGUGCCUUAUCAUAGGGCUCAAUGAUUUCUACU